AUGUCUGACAAAGAUAUCUCAGUGGAGGAGCUGGAAGAAACGGCCAGACAAACUGAUGAGCAGCUGGAUCUUAUGGCCUGGAAGAUGGAUAGUGUAGACAACAAGCUAGUCGAGCCCGUCAACAGUCAAGACAUGUGUAUAAUGAAUCUACUCAAGUCAGUCUCAGAGGUUCGGUCCGACUACCAACAACUUCGCCGUGAGCUGGUGGAAGUACAGGCCUUGCAGAGGGAGCUCUCUUCGAGGCUAAGGUCACAGUUAAGACUGGUCCACGGCAAGUUCGCGAGGCUCCGUCAGCGACUGGCCGCGGCUUCGCCUCCUCGCUGA